AGAGCCAUGGAUAUGGCAGAUCAGCUAAACGUCACUCAAGAUGAUUCCCAGCUUGAAGUUAAAUCCUACAACUGUUGCUCGAUAAACGAUGAAAACUUCCUGAAGCUGAAUGACAGCACAAAGCUCGUUGGGGUUCAGGUUAUUCUCAUCCUGGCUUACAGCACCAUCAUCUUGCUCGGAGUGACUGGAAACUCCCUGGUGAUCUACGCUGUCUACAAGUUUAAAAACCUGCGAACAGUGACUAAUUUCUUUAUCGUAAACUUAGCCGUUGCCGACCUGUUGGUGAACACGCUGUGCUUGCCGUUUACCCUCAUCUACACCCUCUACGAUGAGUGGAUGUUUGGUCAGGUGUUGUGCUUCAUGCUGCCCUUUGCUCAAGGCAUGGCCGUGCACGUGUCCACCAUUACCUUGAACAUCAUCGCUCUGGACCGUCACAGGAGCAUCGUCUAUCACAUGGAGUCCAGGUUGUCCAAAGACAUGUGUGCUGUGGUCAUCAUCAUCACGUGGGCCGUCAGCGCCUUGCUGGCCUGUCCGCUCGCCAUUUUCAGGGAGUACGGGACGUUCGAUCUUUCGCCGGAUGAAUCUAUUCAGGUGUGUACAGAGAAAUGGCCAGGGAGCAGCACGAACGGAAGCAUCUACAGUAUAUCAAUGCUUCUGGUUCAAUACGGUUUACCUUUGGCAAUCACCUCCGUUGCUUACAUCCGCAUCUGGAAUAAACUGAAGCAUCACACGACCUUUGGUCGAAGUGACCGCCAGCAGCGCCGGAAGAAGACCACCAAGAUGCUGCUGACCAUGGUGGUGGUCUUCGCAGUCAGCUGGUUGCCUUUCCACGCGUUCCAGCUGGCCGUGGACAUCGACAGCACCGUGCCGUACAUGAAGGACUUCAAGCUGCUCUUCACGGUGUUCCACAUUGUGGCGAUGUGCUCGACGUUCGUCAAUCCCAUCCUGUACGGGUGGAUGAACAACAAUUACAGGACAGCCUUUUUGUCUGUGUUCAAGUGUUACCGGCCCUUCACUGAGACUGUGACAUCAAGAAGCAGAGAGACACAAAACGAAGAAGGCAGGGUUUGUACCGAUUACAGAUCGACACAUGUCUAGUGAGACGGCUCACUGGUAACGAGCUGUUGAAACGUGCAUGAUAAACGUGAGCUUUUUUU